AUAAACAUCAGAAACGCUGAGAAAGUUAACACAAUAAAUAAAGCCUUCGCUGAAGUUCAGAAAGAAGUGCACCAGCUAUCAAAAGACACUGCAGCAGAACCUCAGAAGAGUCAUCAGGUUUCCACAAAUCCAGAAGAGGAACCAGCAAACGUGGAUGCUGCCACAAGCCUGUUAUCUCAGUUGUAA